AUGAGAAGCACAGGUCAUCUCCUUCUCGUUGCCGUUGCGCUGCUGAUCCUAUCAACGCUGUGGCCCGCGGCUAGUGCAUGGAGCCUCUUCUCCUCCUCUAAACCCGCGUCACCGCCGCCGCAGCUGCUGCUCGACGGCGCGGUGGCCGACUUCUCGAUCGACGGCGGUGGCGCCGGCAGAGACCCGAGAGGGCUCAAGCUCCUGGACGGUGCGCGGCGCAAGAUCGCCGCCACCGGCACCUGCUGGAGCGAGGCGUACCGCGGCCUGUUCGCGAGCUGCGCCGACAUCAUGGCCGACAAGGAGCGGCAGUCGAGGCUGGCGUGGCGCCUCAGCGAGUGCUUCCAGGAGGACUCCGGCCGCCCGCCGCUGCCGCGCUGCGACGACGAGCGCUCCGGCAUGGUGCACUGCCGCAAGCGCCUCUCCGAGUCCGAGAGCAAGGUGUUCCUCGAGUUCUUCCUCGAGACCAACACCCUGUGCCACCAGCUGCAGGCGGAGGCGUUCAAGCAGAACACGGAGAGGCUGGUGAACGACCUGUCGCGGUCGGCGACGGCGGCGAGCGAGAAGCUGUCCACGAUCGAGGAGAGGUCGGGGAAGAUCAUCCAGGAUUCGACCGAGCUCCACGGCUCCAUGUCCUCCAUCGUGUCCCAGACCGAGAACCUCACCGCGGCGUCCAACAGCAUCAAGACCAGGAUCGGCGACGUGCUGGAGCAGUCCGCGGCGCUCGCCGAGCAGUCCAGGCAGAUCGCGGCCGCGCAGGCGGCGCUCGGGGAAGGGCAGGCGGAGAUGCGGGAACGGAUCGACGCCGGCAUGGCAAGGGUGGAGGAGGAGUACGCGAGGUUAGGCGAGGAGAUGGUGAGGCUGAAGGAGGAGGCGGCGGGGAUCGAGAGGGAGGUCAGGCUCGUCGGGGACGCCAUGGCGGCGAGGAUGGAGGGACUGCAGAGGACGGCCGAUGCGAUCGGGAACGCCACCGGCCGGUCGCUGGAGAACCAGAAAGAGCUGCUAGACGGGCAGUUGACGGCAAUGAAGGGCCUCGCGGAGCUCCGGGGCUUCAUGGCGCGGGCGCUCCAGGAGGCCAGGGAGACGAUGCACAAGCUGGCGAGCUUCGGGCGGCAGCAGCAGGAGGAGUUGCUGGCUCGGCAGGAGCAGCUCCGGCAGGCGCACAACCACCUCAUGCACAACUCCGAAUCCAUCCUUCAAGCGCAGGAAGAGUUCAGCGCGAAGCAGGCCAACAUCUUCGCGGCGCUGGACAAGCUCUACGUGCUCCACAACGCCAUCCUGGUGGAGUCCCGCUUCAUCAAGGCAUUCUUCUUCUACUCCUGCGUCGUCUUCCUCAUCUACCUCCUCACCAGCGCCAAGCAGACAUUCGCCAUCAGAGGACACCUCUACUUCGGUCUGUGUGUCACGCUGGCGGUGGAGGUCAUGCUCAUCAGGUUCAGCGCCGACGACGACAUCACCAAACCGUUCGGGAUCGUGUCCAAGGUGCUGCUGCUCCGGUCGUUGUUUCUCGCCGCCGCAGCCGCGCAGAUCCUGCACGCCGUCUUCGCCUUCAAGGACUAUGAGGUGCUGAACCAUCAGCUGCUCCGGACGCUGGUGGAGAAAGUCCGGGCAAUUGAGGACAACAAUGCGGGAGACAAGAUGUGCCCAUGGAGCACCGGCAGUGAUGAUGACGAGAAAAGCCUCAGCGACUACUCGUGGGUCUUUGAUGAGCUACAGGAAGAAGUGGACAGCGAAAUCGAUCCAGAUUUCAUGCUCCCCAAAGAUGAAAUCUACGGGAAGAAUCACCUUUUCCAGGAAGAAAUCAGCGAUAAUUCACUCACGGCAUCGGCCGCCACGAGGAGAUACAAUCUUCGGGUGCGCAUUGCACCACGGUGACUGCGUGCAAGUAGAUCAUACUUAUGCAGAAGUAUUUCCAGAAGUUGGAAUAGUAAAUAAUGUCAGCAGUAUGCUGAAGAACCGAAAGGACAAUGCAAUCUUGUUUACAAACUCAUAUUCAGCUUUUCUAAAUCUACAACUUAGAUUGUACAAAUAUAUAUAAUAUAACAUGGGUACUUGAAAAAUCAUCAGAUGUAAGAAAUGUUCAAUCAUAUAGCUGCUUCUGUAAGAGGUAGGAGUGAGUUAGAGAAUGCCA